AUGAAGAAAAAACUCGGAAAUCUACAGACAAUGGUACUGUCAAGCUUGACCGGCAGUGUCCAAACCAAAAUCACUACCAGUGAAGAAAAGCUAAAGACGGUCAGUGAGCUAACUUGGAUGAAUCAAGGGGAGAAUGAGGGUGGUUUAGACAGCAACGUGAAUGCAUCGAGAAUUCUGAGUUCACGCUUUAACCAUAGAUGUGAACGCUGCACACCACGAGGUCGUGUUGGUAGUGAACUCUCCUCGACGACUUGCUCAAUUAUGCGGGAUCAAAUGCAGACGGAACUGACCUCUCUUAGUCUUAACUCAGUUUCCGAUAAUGAGAGCGAUCCUGAGGCGCCCAUCUCAGGGGAAUGGGAGGAGGAUGUAGUUGACAAAAAAUUGAGGGAACUCCCAACAAUGCAACGCUGCGGAAAGGAGGACACUCAGUCGAGUGCCUCAGAAAUCCCUUUGUGUGGCAUCUUGCAGACUCUUAGACCCACAGCAAACGUCCAGAGGCCUCUACUAACCUCCUCAAUGGUCACGACCGCUGCAAGCAGCUUCAACAGAAUUCCCUCUCUAAGGAGACUUCAUCCACUCAAAAUGCGUCCCGUGGUAAAGACCAGUGGUAAAUUGGGUCAUUCUAAAGAGGUCAGACACGGAGUAGGCAAUGGUCGAAAGUCACCGGUGACGGCACUUCCAGGUCGACGAAUUCCUGAUCUCGAAUCUGGCCGUACCUCCGCAAAUACUCAUCCACAUACGCCUAGAAAAAGCUCCAUCCCUCGUCAUCCUCCUCCACCACGUGCCGGCUUAGCCAAGAAAGCGUCACUUUCCAUGGCUAGGAAGGUAGCCUGA